AUGAGAGUCUUCAGGCUAGUCUUCCUUGUGGUGUUUCUUGGAUGGCUCAUGAGUUGGAUUAUGUUGCCGACAAAGUUAUACAAAAAUAGGAGGACUCCCAGUGCCAAGCUAGACAGCAAACUUAAUUCAACAUAUUUUGCAGCACAAGAAGAAGCUGGAAAAGCCAAACUCCAAAAGUGUUGUUACAAGAAAUCGUUUGUCCUUCUUAAGACGUCCAGCAAUUGUGAUGGCUCCUUUGGAAUUGUGACUGCAAUGGAGCUUGCUUUUGCAGCCAUGUUUAUUGCACUCUUGAUCUGGUCUCUUGCCAACUACUUGUAUGUCAAUUUUGGGCAUCUCUACAUGCAUAAAGUAGGGGAGAAAGUGUGGAAAGCUAAGUUUCGAAGUGUGUCAUUGAGACUUGGAUAUGUUGGAAACAUAUGCUGGGCAUUUCUCUUCUUUCCUGUCACACGAGGAUCUUCGAUUCUGCCUCUCGUUGGGCUUACAUCUGAAUCCAGUAUCAAAAUAUCUGAUCAAAGGUUUGUGGUAUGCAUGGUAGCACCUCUUGGCAUAAGGUGCUGGGUUCCAAUCUCCCUUGGUUCUAGGAAUCGAACCAGCACCUCUUAUCUUGAUGUUAUGCCUGAAGGUCUUGUGAUGUCCAUGCAGAUGCUGGAAUGGAGCAAAACCUGGGUAUCAAAUGUUGCUGGAGAGAUUGCAAUUGUUCUUGCAUUAGCAAUGUGGGUGACUAGCUCUUACCGUAUUAGGCUUAAAAUGUUUGAGGUUUUCUUCUACACCCACCAACUAUAUAUUCUCUACAUAGUCUUCUAUCUAUUGCAUGUUGGUGCUGCCUACUUCUGCAUGAUAUUGCCUGGGAUCUUCCUCUUUAUCAUCGACCGAUACCUGAGAUUCUUACAGUCACAGCGACGGGCAAGAUUAGAGUCAGCUCGUCUCUUACCUUGUGGUAUUAUCGAGCUGACUUUCUCCAAGAGUCCAGGGCUGUAUCAUAAUCCAACAAGCAUACUUUUUCUAAAUGUCCCUAGCAUUUCGAAACUACAAUGGCAUCCUUAUACUAUAAGUUCAAGCUGCAAUAUGGAGCAAGAUAAGCUAAGUGUAGUUGUCAAAAGACUGGGAAGUUGGUCCCAAAAGCUUUACCAAGAAAUUUCUUCUCCGCUGGAACGUCUUGAAGUAUCUGUUGAAGGACCCUAUGGACCUGCUUCAUCUCAUUUUCUAAGGCAUGAGUUGCUGGUUUUAGUGAGUGGAGCUGAUCUUGCCAUGCUAGACCUUUUGCUUCCGAUCAAUGGCACACCUGCCAACACAUCCCAAAUGCAGCUGCAAAUUGAAGCCUAUAUCACAAGAGAGGAAGAGCAGCAUAUCGCAGAUAACCUAAAGCUUCUCCAAACCAUUUGGUUCAAACCAAACCAAAUGGACUCGCCGAUUUGUGCAGGUCUAGGCCACAACAAUUGGCUAUGGCUUGGUGCAAUAAUAGCUUCGUCAUUUGUCAUGUUCCUUCUCAUACUAGGCAUCGUCACGCAAUACUAUAUCUACCCAAUUGAUCACAACACUGAGGAGAUAUACCAUUUUUCCUAUUUUGUACUAUGGGACAUGUUUUUGCUUUGUGCCUGCAUUUUUAUAACUUCUAGUGCAGUCUUUCUUUUCUGCAAGAAAGAGCAUGCCAUGGAAGGGAAGCAAAUUCAGAACUUAGAAGUUUCUACUCCUACAGCAUCACCAGGUUCAUGGUUUCACAACUCGGAUAGAGAGCUCGAAAGCCUUCCUCAUCAAUCACUUGUUCAAGCUACCAAGGUGCAUUUUGGUGCAAGGCCUGAUCUUAAGAGAAUUUUUUUCGAUUGCAAAGCCUCAGAUGUUGGAGUACUAGCUUGUGGACCAAGGAAAAUGCGACAUGAGGAACUGAAAAAGCAAGAAGAUGAGCAACAUGAGAGUCUUCAGGCUAGUCUUCCUUGUGGUGUUUCUUGGAUGGCUCAUGAGUUGGAUUAUGUUGCCGACAAAUGUUGUUACAAGAAAUCGUUUGUCCUUCUUAAGACGUCCAGCAAUUGUGAUGGCUCCUUUGGAAUUGUGACUGCAAUGGAGCUUGCUUUUGCAGCCAUGUUUAUUGCACUCUUGAUCUGGUCUCUUGCCAACUACUUGUAUGUCAAUUUUGGUCAUCUCUACAUGCAUAAAGUAGGGGAGAAAGUGUGGAAAGCUAAGUUUCGAAGUGUGUCAUUGAGACUUGGAUAUGUUGGAAACAUAUGCUGGGCAUUUCUCUUCUUUCCUGUCACACGAGGAUCUUCGAUUCUGCCUCUCGUUGGGCUUACAUCUGAAUCCAGUAUCAAGUAUCAUAUCUGGCUCGGUCAUCUUUCCAUGAUUCUUUUUGCUGCACAUACCGUCGGUUUCAUCAUAUACUGGGCGAUGACUAAUCAAAUGGCUCUGCAGAUGCUGGAAUGGAGCCAAACCUGGGUAUCAAAUGUUGCUGGAGAAAUUGCAAUUGUUCUUGCAUUAGCAAUGUGGGUGACAAGCUCUUACCGUAUGAGGCUUAAAGUGUUCGAGGUUUUCUUCUACACCCACCAACUAUAUAUUCUCUACAUAGUCUUCUAUCUAUUGCAUGUUGGUGCUGCCUACUUCUGCAUGAUAUUGCCUGGGAUCUUCCUCUUCAUCAUCGACCGAUACCUGAGAUUCUUACAGUCACAGCGACGGGCAAGAUUAGAGUCAGCUCGUCUCUUACCUUGUGGUAGUAUCGAGCUGACUUUCUCCAAGAGUCCAGGGCUGUAUUAUAAUCCAACAAGCAUACUUUUUCUAAAUGUCCCUAGCAUUUCAAAACUACAAUGGCAUCCUUAUACUAUAAGUUCAAGCUGCAAUAUGGAGCAAGAUAAGCUAAGUGUAGUUGUCAAAAGACUGGGAAGUUGGUCCCAAAAGCUUUACCAAGAAAUUUCUUCUCCGCUGGAACGUCUUGAAGUAUCUGUUGAAGGACCCUAUGGACCUGCUUCAUCUCAUUUUCUAAGGCAUGAGUUGCUGGUUUUAGUGAGUGGAGGUAGUGGCAUCACUCCCUUUAUAUCCAUAAUCCGCGAGAUCAUGCCCGAAAGCUCCAAACCGAACUGUCAAGUUCCUCGAGUCCUUCUUGUUUGUGCAUUCAAGAACGCAGCUGAUCUUGCCAUGCUAGACCUCUUGCUUCCAAUCAAUGGCACACCUGCAAACAUAUCCCAAUGCAGCUGCAAAUUGAAGCCUAUAUCACAAGAGAGGAAGAGCAGCCUAUCGCAGAUAACCUAA